AUGGAUAUUAUGGAAACGGAUAGUAUAUCACAUCCAUGGGAUCAUUAUCUUUAUAAAUGGCCAUACCCAGAUAAACAAAUGACAAAAAAGAUGUCAAUCAAAAACAAGGUGGAAAAAUACUUUAGAACUAAAAUGGAACUACCAGAACACCAACGUGCUGACAUUUGGAGAUCAAUGAUUGAAUUGGAUGGAAUGGUUAAAUCUAAAAUGGAUACAUUACAUCCAAAUAUAGAGUCUAGUAAUGAUGUUUAUAUGGAUUAUUUAAAUAGAAAAGAUGAGGAAAUUGAAAAUGAUGUUGCUACUGAUGCAGUUAGAACAUUCCCAUCACCGGCAUAUAAAAAGAAAAUGAUUGAAAGACAACAAGGAAACAGACAAACUUUGUAUAAUGUACUCAAGGCAUACGCCAUCUAUAAUCCAGAGGUACAAUAUACACAAGGUAUGAAUUACCUUGCUUUAAUUCUAUUAUGUUAUUAUGAUGAAUUGGAUUCAUUUUGGAUGAUGGAUCUUUUAAUUAGAAAUCAUGGUAUGAACCAUUUCUUUAGAAAAAAUAAUACAUUAUUACCAUCAUACUUGAAAAUGUUUGAAUCUGAAUUAAUGGCACAGUUACCAGUCCUACAUGAACAUCUUACCAAUGAAAGUAUCAAACCAUACAUGUUCAUUCCUGCAUGGUGGAGUACUAUUUUUGUAUAUAUUAUGCCAAUCGAAUCUGUAGUUAUUAUUUGGGAUUAUUUCUUGUGGGGAGCUAAUGGAUUAGGAAUAGAUUCAUUAUUUAAAUUAUCAUUAUCAUUAUUACAAAUGUUACAAGGUAAUUUAUUGGGUGCCAAUUUAACACGAUUCUUUGAAGUCAUUCGAACAAUGGCACCAAAGGUAAAUACUUUGGAAAUGGUUCGUAUUGCCAAAGACAUUGUGUUGACAGACGACACACUCAAGUUUUUAAGAGACAAGGUGGCUGCACAUAACCUAUCACAAUCAUUACAAUUGGAUGCUAGCAUGGAUCUAUUAUCAGACUCUACAACCAUUUCACCAAAAACUGUCACCCCUACUAUUACUGUCGGGGGCAGUGAUCAUUCCGAUAGUAUUAAUAAUAGUCCAUCCAACAAUGGGAAUAGUAGUAGUGGCGGUGGUAGUAGAGCGAGUAGAGCAAUCAACAUUGUCAAUGAUAAUGACGUAGAUGACCCAUGGGUUGAAGAUGAUGAAGAGGAUAAUGAAAUCUAUGUUACACCUGAUAAUAGUCUAAGUGGGCGUGGUGUAUCACCUCUUUUAGCAGCUUCACUUGGUAAUAUUUAUACAGCCGGAGGUACUAGUUUAAAUACUACUCCAAGAAAACAACAAACUCUAAAUAAUAAUAAUAACACUAAUAAUAAUACAAACAAUAAUAAUAGUAAUAGUAAUACUACAAAUAAUAAUGGAAACAAAAAUAAUUAUUACAAUUUAAUAUUUUUCAAUGCUUUUAAUAAUUAUAAUAGUAAUAGUUUAAUCGAUAACAAUAAUAAUAAUGGAAAUGCGGUUGGUGGUGGAAUACCAGCCGGGUCAGCCACCGAACUUGGUGAUGAAAAAAGAGGUAGUUGUUCAAUUCAAUAA